UUUUUUUUUAUAGCUGCUGACGUACAGCAGCACUGCAUUCAAAGCCUUUUGGAUGUUUUUGUAUUUUCUUGUGAUUAUUCUGAACGGCGACAGAACAGGAGCCAUAUGGAGUUAAAGUCAUCGUUGGCACAGAUAAACAAUCACUCCUGGAUCUGACCAUCUGAAGUCAUCAGAAAAUACACUGUACGGGAUAAUACAGAACAACCAUUAAACGCUACAGAGCACAAGGAUGACAGAGGAGAAGCUUGACGGAACCUCAAACAUACAAGCCACAGUCUUUUUGAACUUCUCCCUCACAUGAAAAUCACUUAAUCCCUCACAAUGUCAUCCAGACGUGGCGUUCCUCCAAACAUCACUGUCUCGGUACUCUAUGAACUUGUCAGCUCCUCCUCGCCCUAUCCCGCCACCACCACUCCACCUCAAUCUUGCAGUAUAGACGAGUCCUACAAGUACAUCUUCCUUCCCAUCUGUUACUCUUUCACUUUCCUCUUCAGCAUCUCCCUAAACUCUGUCAUCCUCUACCGUUCCUUUCGCCGGACCAAGCGCUGGAACGCUUCGUUGAUCUACAUGGUGAACCUGGCCUCUACAGACUUCAUGUAUGGCCUGUCACUGCCAUUCCUUGUGGCUAGUUACAUCAUGCGGGACCGUUGGGUAUUUGGGGACUUCAUGUGCCGCCUGGUCCGUUUUCUCUUCUACUUUAACCUCUACUGCUCCAUCUUCUUCCUCACUUGUAUCUCUGUCCACAGGUACCUCGGUAUCUGCCACCCAAUGAAAGUCAUCACACUAGAGACGAAGAAGGCUGUCAAGUGCACUUGUGUCCUGGUUUGGAUUGUAGUGUUUGCUUUGACCUGCCCUAUCUUCCGGUUUGCUCAGACUGGUCAUGUUACGAGAUUGGGAGGGCCUGGCGGCAAUGCAAGCAGUAUUGACAACCCAAGCCAUGAGAUAUCAUUGAUAAAUGGUAAUGCCAGCUAUGCUAACAUGGGAGGUGUGAUUGAGGAGUACCAGAACUGUUGGGACGAUGCCAUAGAUAAGGAGUUUCCUGAUUACGUACCCUAUGGCAUCAUACUCCAUUUGCUGGGCUUUUUUGGGCCUUUCACCAUAAUUGCUUGGUGUUACUCUCACGUUGUUCUGACCAUAUUUAGGACUUUGCAUUCUCAGCCCUCAUCCCGCAGGGGUCAGAGAGAGGGACAACAUGAAGGAAUAGAGAGAAGAGAGAGGAGUAGUCCUUCAAUACUUGCAAGCGGAAGAAGAGGAAACAAUGGACUGUCAAGGACGCUCAGAAGAAAUGAAGGGGUUUCCAUUUUCCUUGGUGCCCACUCCCCUUAUGCCAAUCGCAGACGUAAAUCUAUCAAGACCAUCAUCACCAUCACCCUACUCUUUGCUCUGUGUUUCUUCCCCUUUCAUGUUACUAGAACCAUCUUCCUCCUGCUGAAAGUGACCAAAGGAGUCCCCUGUCACACUAUGACCAUGGUCUCUAUGUGCUAUAAGAUCACAAGGCCUUUGGCAUCGUUCAACGCAUGGCUCAACGCGCUCCUUUACUUCCUGACUAAAGACAAGGGGGGAGCUCACUGCUGCCAGGCAGUUAACACUACCACCCAACAGCAUGGUGGGCUUCUAUUGCCACUGAGGAUGAUGGGAAAAGGAGAGGAUGCAGAGGACAGAGGGCUCGAAGACAGAAUUGAAAAUCAGGAGAAUAAAGCAUUUCACAACAGUCCAUCAUACAUGAAUAGAGCAAAAGUCAGAUAUAUAGUUGAAUGA